AUGCCGCAUGCCUCCCGAUCCAGCGAGGCUCACCGGCCCUUGGGCUUGUUGGGGAGGUUCCCACACCCAAUUUCGGUGUACGGACAAAUCCCCUCAUCACCCAGCGCGCAGGUGGAUGUCUUUGAAGCCGCAACAGCUCACCGGCUCCGCGUGUUGCACUUCCUCGACGAAAAGUUCGGGUUGGACUCUUCUACAAACCCCGCCCUUUUGCGAAGCACACCUGGCACGCCUGCAGCAGCUGCAGGAGCUGUAGCACCAACCGCAACACCCACCAAGCCGCUCUAUGUGCAGCUGGAGGAGAUGCUGCAGGAGGGGGGGCUGAUGCUACCGCCUGCAGCCUCGGCAACAGCUACUGAAGCCCAGAGGCAGGAAGUUUCGGAAAGAGACUGCGUGUCGCACUUUGCCCUCCGCCUAGCAUUCAGCCGGGACCGUGAUAAGCAGCGCUGGCUGAUCCAGCAAGAAAGUCGUCUCUUGAUGUAUCGCUUCGAGAGACUCUGCGCUUUCAGGGACUUGAGCGAUGGAACCCUUAGCUUGGUUUCAAGUUUCCUGCAGCAGGAAGGCCUUCACUAUGCCACUGUGCCGCGCCCUAGAGAUCCUGUGGCAAACUCGGCGGCUGAGCGAUUGUGGAGAAAAGCCACUUCCUUCCUUAGGGGGCCUUUCGCCCAGCAAGUUCAGCAGCUCUACAUUGUCCCGUGUUUCCCAGAUGCAGGACAGCUCGUUCGGAAUCGUCGCGUGUAUAUCCAGAAUAUGAUGGCCUACGUGCCCGAUACAGAGCUAGAUGCCGUCAUUUGCGGGAAGCUUCGGGGGGCAAUGACCAAGUCCUUUGAAUUGCUAGAAGGGCGCCAAGUCGCGCUACAGAAUUCCGUUUUCUCGGACUCUAGAGUUGGCAAGCUGCUUACUGCGGCGCCCACUGUCUACUUGGGCAGAGAUUUCAACAAAAACGUUGCGGAGAGUACUGAGGAGCGCCUGACGCCCCAGUCUAUAAAACUGGUGUGGAAGGACUCCUUUCCUCCUUGCAUGCGGCGCCUCUACGAGAGCUACAUGGCAGAGCACCACCUGCGUCAUGGAGGUCGCAUGCAGUUGUGGCUCUUCUUUAAGGGAGCCGGGAUGACCCUGGAAGAAAACCUUCAAUUCAACCGACAAGUUUGGAGGGAAGCACAAAAAUUCGAAAAGGAGCAUGCGUAUAACGUCCGGCACAUGUACGGUCUCGAGGGGAAGCGGACGAACUACGCCCCCAUGCGAUGCACCCAAAUCAUCAAUGGCAGCGUCAUCGGGGCUCCUGGAACGGGAGAUUACCAUGGCUGCCCCUUCAAGCAUUUUGACACCAAGAGGCUUCAAAAGCUUUUGGAAGACUGGGGCCUGACGUACAAGCAAGCCCAAGCAGUGCUGCAACUUAAAGAGUGUGGUGAUCUCCAGCUCGCAUGCAAGGAAUAUUUCUUGCAAACGCAUCCAGGAAGCGCUGGUGAUGACGUUGGCAACCACCCCAACGCGUUUUUCGCUGCAUCCCGACGUUAUGCAGCAGCUGUCUCAGCACACCCCCCUCCUGCUGGCGCGUCAAAGAGGCAACAGCCAGAAGCAGGUGCACCAGCAAGGCAGCAGGGGGCAAGUGACACGCCAGCAUAG